AUGUUUGAAAAUAUUUCAUUUAUGGGAAAUCCAAUUAAUAAUAUAAAUCAUUUUGAUUUUAAUAAUAAACAAAAUUUGUUAAAUAGACAAUAUAGAAUUGGAAGAGAAUGUAGUUCAGAAAAAGAAAGAAAACCUAAAUGUGCUCGUUGUAGAAAUCAUGGAAUGGUUUCAUGGUUAAAAGGCCAUAAGAGACAUUGUAAAUAUAAAAACUGUAUUUGUGAAAAAUGUAACUUGAUUGCUGAAAGACAAAAAGUAAUGGCAGCACAAGUUGCUUUAAAAAGAAAACAGGCUGCAGAAGAUGCUAUUGCACUAGGACUUCGUGUUGUAUCAGGACAAAGUAUUAAUCGUCUUCCACAAGGACCAGUAUGGAAUUUUACAAAAGAUGAAGCAAUUGUAACAAGUCCAAUAUUAAAAAAUUCAGAUGAAAAUAAUGAAAUAUGUCAAAAUACUAAAAAAGAAUCAGAUAUAGAAAAAAAUUUUGAUAAUAUAAAAGAUUCUUACAAAAAUAAAAUAACAAUAAAUCAAUCAAAAACACUUUUUGAUUUUCAAAAAAGAAUUCCACCACUUCAAUUAUUAUCAAAAUUAUUUGAAGAUCAAGAAAAACAAGUACUUGAGUUAAUAUUAGAAGGAUGUAAUGGAGAUGUUUUAUUAGCUAUAGAACAUUUUGUAUCAAUACGUCAAUAUAAAGAAAAUAGAAAAAAUGAAGUAAAUCAAGAAACAAUUAAUCAAAAUAUAGAUAUAUCAUCAAAAGAUUAUAUGUUGGAUGAAACAAAAUAUUACUCAAAAAAUAAUUCACAAAAUUUUUCAAUGUCACGUUUAUUAAAUAAUAACUCACCAACAUCAAAUUUUUGUAUAUCAACAAUUGAAAAAAAUUUAAAAAAUCCUCAUGUAAUGUUAUCAGUUGUCCCGCAAAAUUGGAAUCUUUUAUUAGAUCAUCAAAAUAAAUUCAACCUAGAACAUAGUUGUUCAUCUGAUGAAAGUGUUAUCAAAUCUCCUUCUCCUACUAGUAGUACUGUAGAAUGA